AUGAUUCAUAAAAUGUAUCAAAUUCCUCUCUCUGCAUUUCAAAACCAAAACCCAUUAUCAAUGUCAUUCAUCAACCACUCACCAUCAUCUUCUUCCCCUUUCACCAUUGCCACUUCUAUGGGAUUCACUGCCACCACUUCAAAUCUCACUUUCAAAACCACAACUACUUUCCCUUUCUCCUCCACCAGAAACCGCUCCCGUUUUGCCUUAGUUGUCAGAGCCAAAGCUGAAACCGAUUACUACUCGACUUUAAAUGUUAGCAACAACGCUUCUUUGCAAGAAAUCAAGAGCUCUUAUCGGAAACUUGCUCGCAAGUACCAUCCAGAUAUGAACAAAAGCCCUGGAGCAGAAGAGAAGUUCAAGGAGAUUGGUGCUGCAUACGAGGUUCUAUCAGAUGAUGAGAAAAGAUCUUUAUAUGAUCGCUUUGGUGAGUCAGGUCUAGAAGGAGAAAAUGGAGGACCCGCCGGUGCCUCAGAGGUUGAUCCUUCUGAUUUAUUCAACGCAUUCUUUGGUCGUUCGGAUGGACUAUUUAGUGAUGAAAGAGGCUUCGGCUUCAAUAUGAGAAACAAUAGAAACCGUGACCAUGAUAUUCGGUAUGACCUACGUUUGAGCUUUGAAGAAUCUAUUUUUGGAGGAAAGAGAGAGAUAGAGGUUUCUUGUUACGAGACAUGUAAUAGUUGUGAUGGUACAGGAGCUAAAUCAAAGAGUUCUAUUAAAAAAUGCAUACGCUGUGGUGGCAAAGGAGGAGAGAAGAAAACCGAGAGAACGCCGUUUGGGAUGAUGUCUCAGGUGUCUACAUGCUCUAAGUGCGGUGGUCUCGGCAUGAUAAUCACGGAUAGCUGUCGAAAGUGUGAUGGCAAUGGUCGUGUGCGAGCUAAACGAAAAGUGGAAGUGGUCAUUCCUCCCGGCGUCAAUGAUGAAGACACAAUGCAAAUUCGAGGAGAAGGGAAUUUUGAUAAGAAAAGGCAAUAUACUGGGGAUCUUUUUGUUGUCCUCCAUGUGAAUGAAAAGAAAGGAAUUUGGAAAGAGGGUCUCAAUUUAUUCUCAAAGAUUAACAUUGACUUCACAGAGGCAAUACUAGGGUCUGUUAAAAAGGUAGAAACGGUUGAAGGUUUACGGGAUCUCGAAAUUCCUUCCGGGAUUCAACAUGGACAUUCAGUGAAACUAUCACGUUUGGGAGUUCCAGACAUGAAAAAACCAUCUAUUCGGGGUGAUCAUUACUUUGUUGUAAAUGUUGUUAUUCCAAAAGAUAUCAGUGGCAUGGAACGCACACUUGUUGAAAAAUUAGCUUCGUUGAGAGCAUCUAGAAAAGGCCGUUCGUUUUCUUCUGGAAUAUUCAAUGAUUUCACGAAGAAGGAUACGGAAAGUGAUGUCACAAGCAAGGGAACCGAAACUGCAAAGUCUCUUUGGGGAUCAAUCAAGAACUUCUUAAGGAAAGGAAACUCGGAAGAAAGGUUUGCAUCAAUUAGCCAAGAUACAUCAACAAUGUUGUGGAGAUUUGACCGCCAAAACUAUUUAGUUCCACACUCCAUUUUUCUUGUUAUAUUUAUAACAUGGAUUUUUAACUCUAUAGCAAAGUCUAAGAACUUGAAAAGAACCUAA